UUCACUCGUCAUUCAUCAGCCUUUGCAGGGCGCUCUGCACGAGACCGUCAUGUUAGGAAGCGUUACCAACCUCUUGCAGCACCUCUGCACACACGAUGUAGGCACGAAUGAUGUCAUGUAGCUUGGCAUGGGCUCUCCGUGUUUACCUGAGUGCUCCGCGUGAAGACAACAGUGGCGAGCAAGUGAACCCCCAUUUGUAGUGCGUGGUAGCGGCUGUUUUCGCAGGUUCCGAAAAUGAUCGGCGACAUGGCGUCGAGGCCCAGUCAUCUCGGUGGCAUCCAACGUGAAAUCCCCUGCGUGGAUUUAGGACGGCUCGCAACCAGGGUCAAGAGCAUUUCGCUGAAGUUUAAGGCCUGUGGCGCAGACCUCGACGAGCCGUGCAGCAAGACUGCGGAGGACGCGAGCCGCUGCUGGAUCACGUGGUACCUGCCCGCGCUGAACAAAGCGAUGCGCGUCGCUUCGAUGCACGUCUUCGAACAUGCUCCCGGCAAGUUCGCGCUCAGCUCGGUUCCGAACGCCAACUCGGAGUACGAAAACCCUGAGAGCAGCCUCCUCGAAAGUGUCGCGUUAGUGUAUUUGUUGCUGAAAGAGCACCGAUGCAUCACGCGCCUGGACGUGGGCGACACGGCAGUUUUGUUCUACUACUUCCCGGCGCUGCUUUGCAGAGCACUGCGGCAGAACAAAGGACUUAAACAAGUCCGACUUCGCCCUUAUGACGCCAGAGGUAUUUGGCGCGAAACGCACGCUUUGACUAUCCUGUCUUCGGCCCUGGCAAAGCUAUCUGUGGGACUGGAUGACUUGGACAUCAACGAGCUCAUGCCAACUAUCGAGUCCGUAGGAGGAAUUACCGACGCGGUUAGCAGAGGAGGCUUGCGCCGUCUCGUUAUUCGUAACGGCUUGUCGAGCAAGAUUGCGAGGAGAUUGUUCCGUGCAGUCGGGUAUUCUUCCUCUUUGAGCGUGCUCGAAAUCGGGGGUACCAAGAGAUUGCCAUUAUCGAGCGCCGCUAUCUUGUCCGAUGCAUUGAAGAGCAAUAAAAUUCUCCGAAAGCUUUCCGUAGAGAGGGUGGGAAUAGACUCGGUCGGAACGCUGCUCAAAUCCCUGAAGGAGAACACAACUUUAGAGGAGCUGGCACUUCUCUACUCGUAUAACGUACCGGAGGCUAUACUGUGGGGCGGGUUCGAGGCACUACGUGUGAACCGUGGACUCAAGCGCCUGAAGCUCAUCAAUCUUAACAUGGUCAACAGUUGCGCGCUUAUUAUCGCGGAUAUCUUGCGGAAGAACGACUCCCUUCAAGAAAUAUGCCUCUCCGAGAACCCCAUCACUGAUCUCGGCGCUCGCGCUCUAGCCAAGGCCUUGCAGCAAAACUCGACCUUAAAGCGCCUGGACAUCUCUGAGUGCAGGCUGAACUGGCAAGGGUUGUCAAGCUUUAUAAAAUUGCUCUCGCAGAACACUGCGAUCGAGUACGUUCGACUCGGUUUCAUCGACGUUCCUGAGACUUGGACGCCGAGUUCGCCCCUCACCGCGAGCGCCCUGGAUCGCCUGGAUGUAACGUGGAAUACGCGCGUUCUAGAAGAAUGGGCCUUGUCGAUACGACGAGGGGAGCACCACUUUCCUCGACUUUGCGUCGGCUGGACAGCGGAUGCCAAAUCGUCUGGCGUCGUGCAGUGGUUCGACGCAGCGCGCGCGAGCGGCAUUUCGCUCACAGAACUCGUCAUCAACUGUCCCGGAACAGUCGCUCAGGAGUGCGGCGAAGCUGCGGUGGCCUUUCUAGAGAACACCAGUUCUUUGAAGAAGCUUACCGUGGAGACCGUCGACCACUCCUAUAGCUACGUGACCGCCAUCAUCCGGGGCCUUGCUCGUAACAAGAGUGUCAGGGAGGCCAUAUUUCACCAGUCCCUCCACAUAGACCAAGACGUCAAAGCGUUGCAAGAACUUAUGCGCACGAACCGUACCUUGCAUCGCCUGGCGUUCAAAAAUUGGAGGACGCUUAAGCUUCGCUUUCAAGAGUACAGCUGA